AUGAUUAGGAGAGAAUCACUUUUACACUUAAUAAUUCUUCUUGCUUACUCGUUAGCGCAGCCAAGUGAGGAACGUGAAGGAUGCUUUUCUCUUUUAAGUGGUAUGGUGGAUGAUAUUAAUGCAGACAUCCAGAAGAUAACUGGUUUCAACAAUUUGAAAGUUUUGCCUCGCAUCAAAAAUAUUUUACAAAAGGAUUUCUUCCACUACUUUGAGGUUAAUUUGGAACGCGGUUGCCCUUUUUUUGACGAUGAUAAACGAUGCCCAUCAUCAGAUUGUCGAGUUAAGGAUUGUCCAGCUGAAGAAAUACCUUUGGGGCUACGUGAAGAUUCGUUGGAGUCGUCACCUCACCAUAAAUAUUCAAAAGAGGCCAACAUGUAUCCAGAAGAAGAAAUCGACUGUGGGUUGGGGAAGUUGGAUAGUUCCUUAAGUGAAGAACGUAAAACCAUAAUUGCCAAUUGGACUCGUCAUGAUGAUGAAGAUGAGCUGACGUUCUGUGAACCUGAUGACGAUAGCUCUGGCAAAAUGAUUUACGUAGAUUUACUGAAGAAUCCUGAACGUUAUACUGGUUACAAAGGACCUGCCUCAAAUAGAAUAUGGUAUAUGGUCUACAAUGAGAACUGUUUCAAUGAAGAUUCAAUAACUUAUGGGACAAGUUACCUAGGUCCAAGUCAAUCUUCAUGCCUUGAAAAGCGCGCAUUUUAUCGAAUGGUGUCUGGGCUGCAUAGUAGUAUCAGUGUUCAUUUAUCUUAUCGAUAUCCGUUAAGUCUUUUUUCACGACAUCAACCAAUAUCUCGUGAUUAUGAUAGUAACAAUCCAGGUUGGGGUCCGAAUUUGGAGGAAUUUCGUCGUCGUUUUGAUCCAUCUAUUGUACCAGAUGGUUUAACUCGAUUGCGCAAUCUUUAUUUCACUUAUUUGGUGGAAUUACGUGCUUUAGCUAAAGCUGCACCUUAUUUGAUGAAACAAACUUAUUUCACAGGAGAUGAGAAAAUGGAUAAGGAGACUAGAUCUGUUGUUACAGAUUUUCUACAAAUAAUUCAAAAUGAAGGCAGUAUCUUUAAUGAACAUCUUUUAUUCACUGGAGAUAUUAAUGAAGCUAAUGUGUUAAAAAAACAAUUUCGUGAACAUUUUCGCAAUAUUUCACGUAUAAUGGAUUGUAUUGGUUGUGAGAAAUGUAGAUUAUGGGGAAAAUUACAAACACAAGGUAUGGGUACUGCUUUGAAAAUUUUGUUUUCUGAUACUGUUCGUAAAGGGAAUCCUUUAGAUCAAUCAUCUACUGCCGAACCUAAUUUUCAACUGCGAAGAACUGAGAUAAUUUCCUUAUUUAAUGCAUUUGGUCGUCUAUCUACAAGUAUUGGUGCAUUAGAUGAUUUUUGUGAAAUGAUUCAUGAGUCGCAAAAACAGAAACGUCAUACCGCAUCAGGAUAAAUUGAUGACACAGUAUGUUGGCGAUUUUCAACUUACCUUCAUUCUUUACUGCUGUACUAUCGCUGUUGCUGUCAAAGCUACAAAUAUCAUCAUACACGCACUACUGUUUGUCAUUCGUGGUCUUUCAAAUUCAUAUUAUUCCAGUCUGUUAGCACUGCUGUAGGAAAUAGUGAUAUAUAACUGUUACGUUAUGUAUGCACAUGUUGUAAGCAACUUUUGUCGUCAUAAUCUAUACUGUUCUGUUAUUGUAAAUUAUUGUAUACAUUUAUGUUGUUUUCAAUUUGCAUUGAUGUAGUUUCUUCCUGCUAGUUAUUUUAUCUUCUA